AUGGUGAACUGCCAACACAGAGACUGCUGCUUCGGGCGAGCUCUGCUCAGCAGCUGCAAGCCCUCAGCAGUCAGCGGUGCCGCCGUCAGGAUCCUUCCGGACCUGACUGGUGAAGAGGUGGACCACGUCCUCGGCCACCUGUGGGACAGGGAGAGCAUGGCGCUGGAGGAUUCCGAGCAAAUGCCGGGACUUGAGCCCGUUGCUGCGGUGAGUACGGCCACUAAGGCUGUACCAUCGAUUGCUCCGGCUGCUCCGUUUGCUCCCGCGCGGGGUGGGUUUUUUCGGUUUACGCCGUCCGCCCCGUACCCCCCGUCCGCCCUGUACCCCCCGUCCGCCCUGUACCCCCCAUACGUUCCUGUCGGUCCCGUGGCGGAGGCACAGACCGCCAAUGAAGCCAACUGGGAGCCGACCUCGGUGGCCCCUCCCCGCACGCCGGAUCAAUACUACGAGCAUUUUGAUCCUUGUGGAGAUCCCGUGGUCACGCCUACCCACCGCCACGUCCAGAGCCUCUUCUUGCUGCCCAACUCCCGCGGCACAUUUUUCAAGUUCAGCAACAAGUCUUUGACUAUGUCCGAGCUCCUUGGCUGCGUGCGCGGGGGACGGAUUGAGCGGGUCGAUUUCACACCCGAACGGGGCUGCGCCGGGGUGUAUUUCGUGCUCGCGGAGCACGCGCGCGACUACAUCCGGUUCACCAGACGGUGGACGGGUGUAGGCCGCGCGUGCUUCGCGAGUAUUGAAGCGAUCCCGUGUGCCAAGGGGGGCCACGAGCCCAUCAAAGAGAACAUCGCGAAAGCGAUCAAAUACGAGGGUGCGACCCGAGUACUCGUCAUCGAGGGCCUCCCGGCGGGAACGAGGGUCGACAAGUUGACUGCGGACGUGAAAGCCCAGUCAGGGAAGCUCCGGAUCGCCUGCGAGGAGGUCGACUUUGACGAGGAGGCGGGGAAGUGCACGCUCCGGAUGGCCAGUAUUGGGACCUGUCUGGGUGCGAGGAUGCGUCUGAGACGCCUGCCUUGGUACAGGAACUGCCGGUACUCCUUCGGACCGGACCUCUGUGAGGGUCCGGUCCAGGAUCUUCAGUAG